AUGAGCACUCACUCGGUGUUUGUAACACUGGAGGGAACUCAACUGCGCAUCCAACGCCCUCGAAAAAACGUCCCUCGACGGGCCAUGUUUAAUGUGCCGGUGCCCCCCAGCUGUGGGGUGCAGUUCAUACACCAGCGCAUCUAUGAUAUGGGCAAGGUUGCCGUCUCCCUCCUGCCUCAUGGUCUUGUGGAGAAGCGGCUAUGGAGCAAGAAAUACCCUAUUUGUCUCACCAUAAAGAAUGAGCGGAAUGCAACACCAAUUACUUUGGAGGACAAUGGCUGCAAUACCACGCCCCCAAAGGUAGUCACAGGCCUCCCAGUGCGGCCUUUAAGCAGUUCCUCAACGUCUGGACUUUUGACAACGGCAGACCACGACGAAGCGUUUUCCAAAGUAUCAGUAUCAUCCUUCCCAGACGAAGGCUCGGGCUAUUCUGUCUCUACCAGUCGCUUUCUUCGAGUUUCUACUAAUCCGGGUACCGUCCUCGGCUCCGCAGUGGGAGAGGAUGCGGCAUCGCCACCUCAGGACCCUCCCGAGGACUUUCUCCUCAUUCGACACUCAGAUUUGGAGGAGAAGAUCUACCUCUUUGCACGAACCUGUCGUGAAAAGGAGGCCUGGUUUCGACGCCUCAGGGGCGCUUCCAUUGGAAAACCACUUUUAACCACCACUCAACAGGCAAGCCAUUGCUUUCACAUUCUCUUAUUGUGA